GCGGCGAGCCCGCCUUGGUUGCAUGGCGAUGAACAGCCGGCUGCAGGAGAUCAGGGAGCGACAGAAACUGCGCCGGCAGCUCCUGGCCCAGCAGUUGGGAGCUGAAAGUGCGGAUAGUAUUGGUGCCGUAUUGAACAGCAAAGAUGAUCAGAGGGAAAUCGCUGAAACGAGAGAAACCUGCAGGGCUUCUUAUGAUACUUUAGCACCAAAUGCAAAACGGAAAUAUCCAGAUGAGGGAGAGGCUGAUGAAGAAGAAAUUGAAGAAUAUAAGGAGGCUUAUAUUCAUAGACAGCCCACUUCUUCCUUCAUUAAGAAGCGGAGUCAUAAUGAAGAGAGAAACAGCAUGUGCCUACAUGCAUAUAAAAUCUGCUUUAUUCCAAAGGAUGAAGUAGAGCUGCAUCAAGAUGAAGAGAACCUGCCCUAUGAAGAAGAGAUUUACAAAGAUUCCAGUACCUUUCUGAAGGGAACCCAGAGCUUAAAUCCUCACAAUGAUUAUUGUCAACACUUUGUGGAUACAGGACACAGGCCGCAGAACUUUAUCAGAGAUGUGGGCUUAGCAGACAGGUUUGAAGAAUAUCCCAAACUUAGAGAGCUCAUCAGACUAAAGGACGAACUAAUAUCUAAAUCUAACACUCCCCCCAUGUAUUUACAAGCAGACUUGGAGGCCUUUGACACUAGAGAACUAAAGUCCAAAUUUGAUGUGAUUCUUCUGGAACCUCCAUUGGAAGAAUACUACAGAGAGACUGGCAUCACAGCCAAUGAAAAGUGCUGGACUUGGGAUGAUAUUAUGAAACUGGAAAUUGAAGAGAUUGCAGCCCCAAGGUCUUUUGUCUUUCUGUGGUGUGGCUCAGGGGAGGGUCUGGAUCUUGGCAGAGUGUGUCUACGCAAGUGGGGUUACAGACGAUGUGAAGAUAUUUGUUGGAUCAAAACCAAUAAAAACAAUCCUGGAAAGACCAAGACUCUGGACCCUAAAGCUGUUUUCCAAAGAACAAAGGAACACUGCCUUAUGGGUAUUAAAGGAACAGUCCGCCGCAGUACAGAUGGUGACUUCAUCCAUGCUAAUGUUGAUAUUGACUUAAUUAUCACAGAAGAGCCUGAGAUUGGCAACAUAGAAAAACCUGUAGAGAUUUUUCACAUCAUUGAACACUUCUGCCUUGGAAGAAGACGCCUUCAUCUUUUUGGAAGAGAUAGUACAAUCCGACCAGGCUGGCUGACUGUGGGACCCACCCUCACAAACAGUAACUUUAAUGCAGAAACCUAUGCCUCCUACUUCACUGCUCCAAAUUCCCAUCUGACUGGUUGUACAGAAGAGAUUGAGCGACUUCGACCUAAGUCACCACCUCCAAAAUCCAAGUCGGACCGAGGAGGUGGAGCUCCUAGGGGAGGAGGAAGAGGCGGGACUUCAGCUGGCCGGGGAGAGAGAGGCAGAGAGAGGAAUAGAACUAAUUUCCGGGGCGAAAGGGGUGGAUUCAGAGGGGGCCGCGGAGGAACCCACAGGGGAGGCUUCCCCCCACGCUGAUUACAUUUCAGUCAUUAGUUCUCCCUCUGGUCCUAUGCCUCUUCUUCUCCAUAUCUUUUUUUAGUCUUGUUUCCACCGAGAUGAGUCAUUCCGGGGACUUUUUUUAAUUGAUUGUGCUUUCUGCAA